AUGGCCCAGCUCCAGGCUAGGUGCCAGGAGGAUGAGUGGGUGGUGGACCUCCUCCACGUCUCAGGGAAGAUGGAUGUGCUGAUCACCGACCUCCUAAGCCAUGAGGCAUGGUGCACUCAUGUCCUGCCUUCUCUGCUCGAGGAGGCUCAGGCAAGCGAGUGCAGCACUGUAAAUAUCGCCCUUUACAGCCUGCAGUCCCACUCUGGAGUACUGGCAGCCCUGCUGGAGGUCGCAUUCUUCCACGAGAAAGUCUUGGAGGACUCCGACGAGGAUCUACUCCUGGAACUGGGCGGCUGGUGUGUGCGCAGACUGGUGGACGCCCAGGGUCUUGGUGAAGGCAAGGGCGGCGAGGAUCAGGCUACAGACGGACCGACCAAGGAGACUGCCGCUGGUCUGGACUUGGCAGGGUUGCAGCUGGCCACCUAUGCCAUCACCAUCGUCAGGUACCUGGUUGACCAUGGGCGUCAGAGUGCGCCCAGCCUGCUCACGCACCUGAUGGACACCCUGGACCUCCUGCACCUGGCCUGCCGCCUGCUGCUGGCACCGCCAUGGCGCGACGCGCCCUCCGGCCGCGCUUUCCAGGACGGCGCAUGGCGCCCGGUCCCGCCACCCAACCGCCGCGCGCUGCUGCCCCAGGAGGUCCAGGCCUGGCUGACCGUCCACGGCGCGGUACGGGACGAGGGCGUGCGGGCGCGGCUGGACGCGACCCCGACGCGCCGCGCCGCGCUGUGCGCGCUGGGCCCGCCGCUGGGCAACGGCGUGCUGACCCAGAUGCCGGGAAACACCUGUCCGGCGGGCAAGCUGAGUGUCAGGCUGGAGGUGUACCGCCUGGCCAAAGAGAGCGCAUGGGGGUGGUGGGCCACGUAUGAUUACGUGGCCAAUGACGAACCCUGCCAGGAGGUCCAGCCCAGCGAGGGGCAGCGUGGGCGGCGGCAGGUCAUGGUGCUGCAGGCGGGAGCUGGUGGAGGGGAGCCGCGUGCGCUGCCCGCCAGGGGGAAGAUCGUGGUGAUGACGGAGGGCAGGCUGCCGAUGGAAGCGGGAUUCAUGCUCCCGGCCUCUGAGAGCAAAUAUGACGACAACGGUGGCACGGUGGUGGCGGUCGCAGGCAACGACUACUGCAUCGUGGGAGGCAGCAAGCGUCUGUCCACCGGCUACUCCAUCCUCACCCGCGACCAGUCAAAGAUCCUCAGCCUGUCCCCAAAGGUGGUCAUCGCCUCGGCAGGCAUGCAGGCGGACCGCGAUGCGCUGCACAAGACGCUGCACUCCCGGCACGUCAUGUAUGCCUUCAACCACCGCAAGCCCAUGAGCUGCCCUGCCAUGGCGCAGCUGCUGUCCAACACCCUCUACUACAAGCGCUUCUUCCCGUAUUACACCUUCAACAUCUGCGCGGGCCUGGAUGAGGAGGGGAGGGGCGCGGUGUACACCUACGAUGCCAUCGGCUCCUACGAGCGUGUGGGCUACGGGUGCCAGGGAUCAGGGAAGGAGCUGAUGCAGCCGGUGCUGGACAGCCAGUUGAAGGCGGCGUCGCCCCUGCUCUUGCCACCACAGCCAUGGUUGAGCUCGCUCCCUCUGGAGGUCGCCAUCGACCUGGUUAAGUCCGCCUUCACAUCUGCUGGCGAGCGUGACAUCUACACGGGCGACGACGUGGAGAUCCUCAUUAUGACCAAGGACGGCGUGGAGGUGCAGACCCUGGAACUGAAACGCGACUGA